UCACUGCAACGGUGGCACACUGAGAGACAGCACUUCAAAAUGCUCAACGAAACAGCCUUGGAAUCCUGGCCGUACUGGCAGUGCUUCCCGUGGUCCUUUAGGAGCGUGUUCCACCCGCUGCUGUACUCCCUGAUCUUCGUGCUGGGGUUGCUAGGGAACGGGCUGGUCAUAGCCGUACUGCUGCAGCUCAAGCGAGCCCGGAACGUGACGGACACUUUCAUCCUCCACCUGGCACUGGCCGACUCCCUGCUGGUCAUCACGCUGCCCUUCUGGGCCGCCGAGGCCAUCCACGGCUGGGUCUUCGGAACCGGGCUCUGCAAGUUUGCUGGGUUCACUUUGAAGGUGAACUUCUACUGCGGGAUAUUCUUUCUGUGCUGCAUCAGCUUUGAUCGCUACCUGACCAUCGUCCGUGCGGUCCAGGUGUCCAGCCAGAGGAAGACCAUGGUGGUCAGGGCCAGCUGUGUCAUCGUGUGGGCUCUCUCCAUCCUCAUCAGCUUCCCAGACCUCAUCUUCCUGAAGGAAAAGAAGUUCAAAAACAUCUCCACCUGCUUUGAUAGCUCCACAAUUCCCUGGCAGCUGAUCCUGUCGUUCAGACUGAUCACUAGGUUCAUAUUCCCAUCCACGGUCAUGAUCUUCUGCUACUCCGAGAUCCUGCACAAGCUGAGAUGGUCCCAAGAGCUCCAGAAAAGAAAAGCCAUGAAAGUGAUCCAGGCUGUGGUGGUGGUCUUCUUUGUGUGCUGGACGCCCUACAACGUGGUCAUCCUGGUGGAUAUGUUCUUGCAUGAAGGGUUCCUGGAAAGCGGGGAUCGUCAGAGAUGCUACCUGUUCGUGGCAAGAAUCCUCUCCCUCAAUCUGGGUUCCCUCCACUGCUGCCUGAACCCCAUUCUUUACACUUUUGUCGGGGACAAGUUUCGGAAGAACCUCUUUCAAUUGAUCCGCUCCUGGGUCUUCAACAUCCAGAGGAAAGCCAGACCAAGAGACAGUCAGGGCAGAUUUCUUGGAUCGGUGGACACCUUUGCCACUGUAAACACGACCAGAAUGUAACACUGCUCUGUUAAAAUUUGGAUUAAGCAUCUUUACAUACAAUCAGCACUGAGAUCUCAUCUCAGAUGAGAUAACAGGCGGCAGAUGUCUGCAAGAUAGCAAGUUUUAAUAUAUAUAUAUAUAUAUAUAUAUAUAUAUAUAUAUAUAUAUAUAUAUAUAUAUAUGCAGUAGUGUGCAAACUUAUUAGAGCACCCCAUUGCUUCUGUAGUUUUGAUUUGUUGUGUGUGAAAUCAAAUCACUGGAAGUGAAAAUCUUGUCCAGAUGUUUUGCAUCAACUAGAAUUUUAGACUUGAUACACAAUAAUGAAAAAAAAACAACUACAUGAACAUAAUUCUGAUCUUUUAUUUAACAUCAUGUAAUGAAAGAAACUACGAAAUGAAAAUUGUGAAAAAUGUCUCCCGGCUGCCUUAACAGUAGUACAGGAUUAUUUCAUGUUAGAUUUUCGAAAUGUCACACUUGUCAGUUUUUCGUUAAGUACAUGGAAAAAACUCUAUGUGAUUCAAUAUGUUAACCUCGCAUUAUUCUGCAGGUUUCAUUCGACUUUAUGAAGCUAAAUGAGUUCAUUCUACGGGGUGAUGAUGCAAGACUUUUGGCAGAGCUGUAUUGACUGCCCGUGCUCCUUCAUUGCUGGCUGUGUCACAUGGUUGUGUUUUUGUUACCUGCUUGAAUAAACCCUCUCAACUCUG